CUCGCGAGAGCCUGCCCACUUUCCCCCUUCCCCAUCCCUAAGCAACCAGCCCAGGACCCAGUAACUUGUUGAUAAACUGGGUUUAAAGGGAAAUGGGGGCCAAAUACUAACCAGAUGUUCAUAUUUAAAUCUUAAAGGUGAAAAGAUUGCAGAGCAAUAUGGCCAGUGCAAAGAGUUUGUCUGGUGUCAAUGUGGUGCUGGUCAUGGCAUAUGGGAGCUUGGUCUUUGUGCUGCUCUUCAUCUUUGUCAAGCGCCAGAUCAUGAGGUUCGCCAUGAAAUCGAGGCGGGGGCCUCACGCACCCAUUGGCCACAACGCACCCAAGGACCUGAGGGAGGAGAUUGACAGGAGCCUCCUGAAAGUGCAGGACCUUGAUUAUGAGCCACAGCUCCUGGACGAAGGAGACACCCGCCUACUGCAGAUUCAGGAGCCAGGAAACCAAGGUCGCUUCAACUACAUCUACAGAAUGAAGGCUCUGGAUGCCCUCCGGCACGUGGAUCUCCCCAUCGGCGAAGGCACCGAAUACGCCAAGUGUUUCACGGGGAAGAGUUUCCGUAGCUUCCUGAUGGAGCUGAGGGAGGGGAGCACCCCGUUCAGAGGGGUGCGCAAGAACCUCAUCGACAAACUCAUAGACGGAUACGAGGCAGCGCGUCAUGGCACGGCGUUCUUCGGGAAAAACGAAUGCAUGAAGUAUCAGCAAGCUGUGAACGAGCUAGCCACCAUCCUUCAGUCUCGGACCAACCGGAGCCAGGCACAGCACCAGGCCGCAGCGAAGGAGCUGACCACCUCUCCCGAGACCACCUCGCCCACCACCAUCCAGGUCACCUACAUGCCAUCAAACCAGAAGAGCAAGAGGCCCAAACACUUCCUGGAGCUGAAGAGCUUCAAGGACAACUACAACACUCUGGAGAGCACGUUGUGAGGACAUAAGCUGCCCUGAACCUUAGCCACCGAGACCAGGAUCCCACUGGUACGCAGUCUGCUCCAAACACCCACAUUUGAGCUUCAUCAAAAUCAUGGCACCAGGGUUUAUCCCAGACAUGUCGGAUUGGGUAGAAAUGCAUCUCACCCUCUCGGGCUGUCACUGUAUAACACUGAGGUACAGUACGGGUGGGGAGGGGUCUGUCGCUGUAUAACACUGGGGUACAGUAUGGGUGGGGAGGGUUCUGUCACUGUAUAACA